AUGAAUAAAUAAGAAAGAGAAAAUGUAAAGUAACGUAUAGAGGAAAGAAUAUUUUAGAUAAAAUUAAAAAACACAUAACAUGUACAUUGAUAUAGAUGAUUAAUAAAUAGGAAGUGGUGAUUGGAAAGAAUGCAAAUUUUACAAAAAUAAUUGAAUAAGAAUAUGCAACAAAAUAUUUAGAGAGUUUAGGAAUAGAAGCUAAUUAAAAGAAUAUAUAGAUGAUUUUAAAGAACUAUCCAUUAAAUAGAUGUGAAAUAACAGGUGGAUGGAAUAGUAAGAUUUUAAUAUAAUUGUAGCAUCUGGAUUAUAUGCUGAUACAAUUAAUAUAGUUGUAAGAUAAAAGAAAAAGAACAUUGAAAUACCUUAAGGAUAAAAGGAUAAGGAUGUGUUAGAUGAAGUGUAGAAAGAGUAGGAUCUUAAAAAAAUAACUAUAAAGAAGAAUGAAUAAGAAUAAGAUUAAUAAUUAACAUAAUAAUAAUUAGCAUUAUAAUAAAAAAAUGAAGUUGAAUAAUAAAAGGAAUUGUUAGAAAA